AUGAGUGGCAGUCGAACUGGCAAAUCGUUGACAAAAUAUAAGAUAGUGUUUUUGGGGGAGCAAGGUGUGGGCAAAACCUCGCUUAUUACAAGAUUUAUGUAUGACACAUUUGAUGACCAUUACCAGGCAACCAUAGGAAUUGAUUUUCUGUCCAAGACGAUGUACUUGGACGACAAAACCAUCAGACUACAACUGUGGGAUACUGCUGGCCAGGAGCGGUUCCGAUCGCUCAUUCCCUCCUACAUACGGGACUCGCACGUCGCUAUUGUGGUUUACGAUGUCACCAGCAAGAAAUCGUUUGAGUACAUCGAUAAAUGGGUUGAAGAUGUGAAGGCGGAGCGUGGAGAAGAAAACGUGGUGCUGUGCAUCGUGGGAAACAAAAACGAUCUAUCAGACGAAAGACAAGUCUCUACCGAAGAGGGCGAGAGAAAAGCCCAGGUCUUGAACGCCACGAUCUUCAUCGAGACCUCCACAAAAGCAGGAUUCAAUGUCAAGAACUUGUUCAGAAAGAUCGCCAAGACGCUGCCGGAAUUUCAAAAGUCCGACACUGUUUCACUCGAUGAUAAAGCCUCGAAGAGUAAGCCCGAUGUCAUCGAUAUCACCACCAAUAACGAAGACCAAGAACAAUCAAGCUGUCAGUGUUAG